AUGGCAAUAACCUGCGACUGUCCAAUGGCACAGCCGGGGCCAACACUUGCUGCGACCUGCGGCGGUGGAGCUUUCAUGCUUUUCAUGGGCCUACUUGAGGUGUUCUUAAGAAGCCAGUGCGACCUGGAAGAUCCUUGUGGAAGAGCACAGUAUCGACGUAACAUGGACUCAGUGUACGACUUUAUUGUCGUCGGUGGCGGAUCAGCCGGUUCCGUGGUAGCAGCGCGUUUGUCCGAGGUGCCGGAAUGGAGGGUUCUUCUUCUGGAAGCUGGUUUCGAUGAGCCUACUGGUGCACAAGUGCCGUCUAUGUUCCUGAACUUCAUAGGAUCCAGUAUUGACUGGGGAUACCAAACUGAACCCGAACCGGCUGCUUGUCUUGGUGAAAAGGAUAAGAAAUGUUACUGGCCAAGAGGAAAGGUACUGGGUGGUACAUCGGUAAUGAAUGGUAUGAUGUAUAUAAGAGGUUCCCGCAAGGACUACGACAGUUGGGCGGCAGCUGGAAAUGAAGGGUGGGCGUACGAAGACGUGCUGCCCUACUUCCUUAAAUCAGAAGACAACAAGCAGGUAGAAGAGAUGGACCGGGGCUAUCACGCCACCGGCGGACCCUUGACAGUAUCGCAGUUCCCUUACCAUCCACCUUUGAGUUACAGUCUUAUUAAAGCUGGAGAGGAAUUAGGGUAUCAGGCAGUUGACUUAAACGGCGAACGUCAUACAGGGUUCUCCAUUGCUCAAACUACCAAUCGCAACGGAUCACGUUUAAGCGUGGCUCGGGCUUUCCUCCGUCCAGCCAAGCAUCGCCAAAAUCUCCACGUGAUGCUUAACGCUACGGUCACCAAAGUACUGAUCAACCAGACCACCAGACAAGCUUACGCGGUGGAAGUGAGAAACAGUUUUGGCGGCACUGAAGUCAUAUUUGCGAACAAUGAAAUCAUUGUAAGCGCCGGUGCAGUAGCAUCUCCCCAAAUUCUUCAAUUGAGCGGAAUAGGCGAUCCUGAAGUAUUAUCUCGUGCGGGGGUCAAACUGGUCCACAAAUUGCCAGCUGUGGGUCGCAACCUGCACAACCAUGUGGCUCACUUCCUGAACUUCCACGUCAACGAUAACAAUACGGCACCUCUUAAUUGGGCAACCGCUAUGGAGUAUUUACUGUUCAGAGAUGGACUAAUGUCUGGAACUGGUAUAUCUGAAGUUACAGCUCUCAUCAAUACGAAGUAUUCAAACCCGAAAGAUGACAACCCCGAUGUCCAACUCUUCUUCAGUGGCUUCCUAGCGGAUUGUGCGAAGACAGGCAUGGUGGGAGAAAAACUCGGAAAUGGGUCCCGCAGUGUCCAGAUGUUCCCUGCCGUUCUUCAUCCGAAAAGCAGAGGCAAGCUUGAGAUAGGCAGUGCUGACCCAUUUGCCUACCCCAAAAUUUAUGCAAAUUAUCUAACACACCCAGACGACGUCAAAACAUUGGUCGAGGGUAUUAAAUUUGCGGUGAAACUAUCAGAAACGAAAGCACUUAAGAAGUAUGGAAUGAAACUCGACAAAACACCAGUAAAAGGCUGCGAGAAAAUCAAGUUUGGAUGCGACGCAUACUGGGAAUGUGCGGUGCGGAUGCAAACUGCCCCUGAGAAUCAUCAGGCUGGAUCCUGCAAAAUGGGACCAAGGGGCGAUCCUACUGCUGUAGUAGAUAAUUUUCUGCAGGUGCAAGGCAUCGACAGGCUGCGUGUGGCGGACGCCAGUAUAAUGCCGGCGGUAACUUCAGGCAACACAAACGCCCCUACCGUUAUGAUCGGGGAGCGCGCUGCAGAUUUCAUCAAAAAGCGCUGGUUGGGAGCAACCAAUGCUCCUUAUCCACUGAGUAACGAGGGUGGUGUGUCAAACUUGCUAUCGGUUAGCGAAUCCCGGUAUCCAGGGUGGCAACUGUGGGGCUGA